AUGCUCUCUUCAGAAGAAGCUGAACAGGAAACAAGGGCACUAGAACAAGUUUUAGCCGCUUAUAGCGGUUAUAAAUCGUUUGCCCAACGAGAGUAUUACUUACCGAGGUACAAGAAGUGGCGAUCAUUAUCUGAUCACCAGAAAGAGCUAAUACCCUGGUAUGGUGAUUAUUUAGAAGAUUUAAGAAAUGCCAUUGAAUGUAAUGCCGCCUUUCUCCAGGAAGUAGUUCUUUUUGCUCAAGCUAUGGUGGGGAUCUCAUCGAAUGUAAAUCAAUGGCCUACACCGAGUAGAGUAGAUAUGGAAAAGACUGUUUCGAUGAUUUCUCAGGUCUACAGAGAAUGGUCUCAAGAAAGUAAGCCUGAGAGAGAUCUGUCUACUUAUAGAAUACUACAAGGUUUGCAAGCGUAUGAGAAACAGAAAGGUACCAGUAGAAAUGCAAUCAAGGUUUUGAUUCCAGGUGCUGGGACUGGUAGAUUAAUGGCGGAUUUAGUAAUACAAGGUUACAAUUGUGAGAGUAAUGAAUUUUCAUACCAUAUGUUGGUGAUGUCCAUGUAUAUUCUGAAUGGGGGGUUAAAAGAGGGCCAAAAGAAGAUUUAUCCAUUCAUUCACGCUUUUUCACAUUGGAAAAGUAGAACUGAUCAAUUAAAGCCUAUUUCUAUCCCAGAUUUCAACAUUCACGAACAAUUGGCUCAUAAUGAUCGAAUGGCUAUGAGUAGUGGAUCUUUUAUCGAUUGUUAUGGUUCUAACGAAAAAAUUAGAGCUUCUAAUACAUAUUCCAUAUCGCCUGCGAUGAAAUUGACAAGAGCUCAAAUGGAAUCUGUUUUUGAUGUGGUAAUUACCAAUUUCUUCAUCGAUACCGCUUCCAACAUUAUAGAUUAUCUUCAUUCGAUAUCUCACGUCUUGACUCCAGGUGGGUUAUGGAUUAACUUUGGUCCACUUCUAUAUCAUUUCGAAUGUGAUGAUCAAGUGGAAGACACGUAUGAAGUGGAUCCAUUUACGGGUGAAAAAACUGAUAUUCAUGAAGAUGUUCCACUAAAAGGUCUUGAAUUGACAGCGGACGAAAUUUUGGAGGUGUCUAUUAACAAAUUAAACUUUAAAUGCCUGGACAAAGAAUUUGCAGUUCAUUCGGGAUAUGGACGUUCACCAAGCCUAAAUGCAGUACCAGGUUACAUGUGUAACUACUGGGUAUUGCAGAAGGAGGGGAUGAAGCAAACAUAG